AUGGCAUCAAAUCAAUUCACCGUCGCAAAUCCGCCAACAGACGCCAUCUCCGCUUUGAAGUUCUCGCCAGAUCCGAAUUCAACUCGAAUUGUCGUUUCGUCAUGGGAUAAGAACGUCUAUCUUUACGACCUGCGGGACGAGAAUGGGAAUGUCGGCGAAGGAAAGCUUUUACAAAAGUUUGAACAUCGUGCGCCUGUGCUCGACGCGUGUUUUGGCGAGAACGAGGAUGUGAUCUACACAGCUGGUUUGGAUUGGGAUGUCCGAAAGAUUGAUGUCACAUCAUCUACACAGACAGUGCUUAGCAGCCACGACGCUGGGGUCCGGUGUGUCGCCUACAGCAAGGAGCAUAACAUUGUCAUAUCUGCGUCGUGGGACUCGACGUUACAUGUGCACCGUGUGAAUACUGAAGCCGACUCGAUCCCCGCGAUCAUUCCUCUCCCUUCAAAGCCUUUCUCCAUGUCUCUCACCGCCACGAAACUUGUUGUUGCUAUGGCGUCGCGCUCCCUCCACAUUUACGACCUGAAAGCAUUGGCGCUUCUCACAGACCAGUCAGACGCCACACCUCCGAACAAGAUUGAGAUCGAACCGUGGCAGCGACGAGAGAGCAGUCUCAAAUUCAUGACCCGCUGUGUCGCGUGCAUGCCCGAUGACGCCGGCUAUGCAUCCUCGAGCAUUGAGGGACGAGUCGCAGUCGAGUGGUUCGAUCCGUCUGCUGAGUCGCAAGCACGGAAAUAUGCUUUCAAGUGCCAUCGACAGACAGCUGAUGAUGUUGACGUCGUAUAUCCCGUGAACACACUUGCGUUCCAUCCCAUUCAUGGAACAUUCGCGUCUGGCGGUGGUGAUGGUGUCGUAGCACUUUGGGACGGUAUUGCGAAGAGGAGGAUCAGGCAAUAUCAGAAAUACCCGUCAAGCAUUGCUGCUGUCGAUUUCAGCGGCAAUGGAAAGUACUUGGCGAUUGCCGUUAGCCCUGGUUUCGAAGACGGAAAAGACGAUGUCGCAGAGGGAACUGUCCGAAUCUAUGUGCGCGAAUUGGGUGAGACUGAGGCGAAAGGAAAGGGUGCGAAAUAA